GCCCGGCCGAGGGGGCUCAGUCCGCAGCCGCCGCCGCCGCCGCCGCGCCUUGGCCUCGGUGCUGGCAGCGGCCGCCGCCGAGACAGCCGCGCGGGCGAGCAUCCCCAGGCAGUACGUCGGAGGUUGUCGUCAGCUGCGUCCCACCCUCACUGAAUACAUCCCGUUCUGCACACAUCCAGUGUGAGGUCCCUCCAGCUACAGGGUGGGCACCAUGGCUGAGAAAUUCGACUGCCACUACUGCAGGGACCCCCUGCAAGGAAAGAAGUACGUGCAGAAGGACGGCCACCACUGCUGCCUCAAGUGCUUCGACAAGUUCUGCGCCAACACGUGCGUGGAGUGCCGCAAGCCCAUCGGCGCCGACUCCAAGGAGGUGCACUACAAGAACCGCUACUGGCACGACACCUGCUUCCGCUGCGCCAAGUGCCUCCGCUCCUUGGCCAAUGAGACCUUCGUGGCCAAGGACAACAAGAUCCUGUGCAACAAGUGCACCACUCGGGAGGACUCCCCCAAGUGCAAGGGCUGCUUCAAGCCGAUCGUGGCAGGAGAUCAGAACGUGGAGUACAAGGGCACCGUCUGGCACAAAGACUGCUUCACCUGCAGCAACUGCAAGCAAGUCAUUGGGACGGGAAGCUUCUUCCCUAAAGGGGAGGACUUCUACUGCGUGACUUGCCACGAGGCCAAGUUUGCCAAGCACUGCGUGAAGUGCAACAAGGCCAUCACAUCUGGAGGAAUCACUUACCAGGAUCAGCCCUGGCAUGCCGAGUGCUUUGUGUGUGUUACCUGCUCUAAGAAGCUGGCUGGGCAGCGUUUCACCGCUGUGGAGGACCAGUAUUACUGCGUGGAUUGCUACAAGAACUUUGUGGCCAAGAAGUGUGCUGGAUGCAAGAACCCCAUCACUGGGUUUGGUAAAGGCUCCAGUGUGGUGGCCUAUGAAGGACAAUCCUGGCACGACUACUGCUUCCACUGCAAAAAAUGCUCCAUGAAUCUGGCCAACAAGCGCUUUGUUUUCCAUCAGGAGCAAGUGUAUUGCCCCGACUGUGCCAAAAAGCUGUAAAGUGACAGGGGCUCCUGUCCUGUAAAAUGGAAUUUGAGUCUUGUUCCUCGUGUCCUCGCCCUCUGCCCGGCACCACCCAUAGGGCGAGAGCGGCCUUUCACCUCUUCAGGGUUGCUCCUUCUGUCUUUCCUCCCAUUUUACAGUUAUUACUCAAGUAAGGGCACACAGUGAUCAUGUUAGGAUUUAGCAAAAAGCAACCCUGCAGCAAAGUCAAUUUCUCCAUAGCUGCAAUUAGCAAACGAACACUUAGCUAGACUGACUCUUCUGCAUGUUUAUCAUAGAGCAGAAAAGUGCUGACCAUGUAGCUGCUUAGUGACAUAAGCAAGAAGCCUAAGAGAUAAAGCCCCCCACUGAGAUGCCUCCUGUGGCUCAGCUGGGACCCACCGUGUCAGUCACACGACACAUCAGAGUUGCAGCGGCUGCUCCAACUCGGCUGCUCACCCUGUUCUGUGAGCAGAAAGAACUUAGCGAAAUGCAUGGUUUACCUUCCUCCUCAAAACCUUCCUUCUGUUCUUUUGUGCUUUCAAAUGACUAACACGGAUUUCCAGAAAAUUAACAUUUGAAUUUAGCUGUAAUUCUCAACUGACCUUUUCCCCUGUACUAACGUUUGAUUUCCCCGUGUGGCGUGUUUUCUGAGCGUUCCUACUUUGAAACAUGGAACGUGCAGGUGAUUUGGAAAGUGUAGGCAGAUCUGAGAAAACAAGCCUGUUUCAGAAGAACGUCAUCACAGCGAAUACUUCUGGAAGCUUAACAAAACUAACCCAGCUGUCCUUUAUCUUUUUUUAAUUAAUAAAUUUUCGUUUUAAUUAAUAGCAACAUAGCUUAUUGGGUUUGGAGACUUGCAUGGAAAUAUUUUAGCCCCCUCAGACGUUCCUGCAGUUCUGAAAGUCAUCCUACAGAAGUAACCGUAAGAGUCGAGAGGGGUAGGUGAGCAGGCGCCAGGACUGUCAUUGACACGGAUAUGACAUUUCCCAACAGUGACAAGUGGAAUCCCUUGUAACAUAGUACUUGUCUGCUCUGUGUCCGUGUGUUAAUAAGCAGGCCCGCCAAGUCCCUUCUCUUGGGAUUCUGAGGACUGUUCCUCAAGAGCUUAGCUGGCUCUCUGGGGGCUGCGGAGGCCACUGUCCCCGCAGGCAGAACCGGAUUUCCACGUAGCGCUUACCUGAGAUGCAGGAUCACCUACUUACUGUAUUCUAGCUACAUUGUUAUAUUACGUAGUAUAAUGAGACGAUAUCAAGAGUACACAUGUAAUGACAGUGCAUAUUAACAUUCUUGUAGGAGUGGUUAGAGAAGCCGAUGCCUCAUUUCUACAUUUUGUCAUUAGCUAUGAUCAUCUGACAGUUCAGUGUAUCCUUACAGAAAUAAAGCAGCAUAUAAAUAA